GUUUCCGGCUUUCUUUCCCAACGUCAAGAUGGCUGAUCAGAACGAGCGUGCGUUCCAGAAGCAAAUCGGUGUGAACCUGAACCGCAAACAGGUCAACAAGAGGAAGGGACUUCGAUUGCAUCGUAGCAUCGGUCUUGGUUUUAAGACCCCGAAAGAGGCUAUUGCCGGAACCUACAUCGACAAGAAAUGCCCCUUCACCGGACACAUCUCCAUCCGAGGUCGCAUUCUGACCGGUGUGGUGCGCAAGAUGAAGAUGCAACGGACAAUCGUGAUUCGCCGUGAUUAUCUGCAUUUCAUCCGCAAGUACGAUCGGUUCGAGAAGCGUCACCGGAAUCUAAGUGUGCACCUUUCGCCGUGCUUUAGGGAUGUUGAAGCUGGAGAUAUCGUCACCGUUGGCGAGUGUCGACCACUUUCCAAAACCGUGCGUUUCAACGUACUGAAGGUGAGCAAACUGGCCGGUGCCAAGAAGAAGUUCAAUAAGUUCUAAGCGUGUUUAGAAUGGAUGAGAAAAUGGAAAAUGUGUUAAGAGGGAUUUGUCCAAUUUAAAAUAAAAACUGGAAAGCAA